AUGGGUUCAGGCCUUGCUCUGCUCCUCGCUGAGAAUGGUGUGAAAGUCUCACUUCAGGACCCGUCGGAGGAGAUGAUGGAUGAUGCUAUUGACAAAGCUGAGAAGUCUGGCUAUCAUAAGAUGCUCACAAAAUUCAAAGAUUACAAGUCCCUCUGCGCUUCUCUCUCCUGCCCAAGACUGUUUGUCUUCUCAAUACCUCAUGGAGAUGUUGGUGACAAGGUACUGGACGGCCUGACACCUCACCUCUCUCAAGGGGACAUCAUACUCGACUGCGGCAAUGAGCACUUUCAGACCACAGAGCGCCGUCAAGAGAAGUCGAAAGGAGUGGGAAUCCGGUAUAUCGGUUGCGGGGUUAGUGGCGGCUACCAGUCAGCGCGAUCAGGGCCCUCCAUGUGUCCCGGUGGAGACGAGUCUGCGCUCGAGGACGUCAUGCCCCUUCUGGAAAAGAUUGCAGCGAAAGACAAAGACGGCAGCCCCUGUGUUGGCUUCAUUGGAAAAGGAGGAGCAGGUCAUUAUGUCAAGAUGAUGCAUAACGCUAUUGAGCAUGGGAUGAUGAGUGCCAUUGCGGAGGCGUGGGAAAUGCUUCGCAAGGUGGGAUUCGGGUACGAGGAGAUUGGAGAUGUGUUCAAGAAAUGGAAUCAGAGCGGCGAAUUCAGAGGCACAUUUCUUAUCUCGAUUGGAGCGGACUUGUCAUACAAAAGAGAGCCUGAUCAAAAACGCACGCCAGUCAUUUCGGAAAUCGUUGAUAAAGUUGUACAAGACGUGACCGGUGAAGAAGGAACAGGCAUUUGGGGCAACACCGAAUCCAUCGACUUGCACGUUCCUGCGAUCACUCUCAAUUCUUCUCACGCACUUCGCAUUGCCUCGGCAUACCGUGGCGACCGCGAGCGCGCGAACGAGGUUACAAAAGGGGGAUUUCCGCCUCGCGAAAUUAAGGUGCAGGACCGAGACGGCUUUGUUGAAGAUUUGAGGCAAGCGACAUACGCAGCGUGCUUGGCUAGCUAUAUCCAAGGAAUGAAUGUAAUCUCGCGGGCUAACCAGCAGCAUCAAUGGAAUAUCAACUACGGCAACGUUUGGAAAAUAUGGCGGGCAGGCUGCAUCAUUCAGGCCGACUACAUCUCCGACCAUAUUCUGGGCCCGGUUUUGCUCUCAAAUCCGGGGUCUGAAUCCCUUGACCUCCUUUUCAACCCUCGCACAAUGGAAGACGUGGGGAAGACAUUCCCCUCCCUAAGGCGUGUGGUCCUGAAGGCCGUGGAAACAGACCAAGUGGCUCCAGCUUUGAGUGGCACGCUGGAAUACCUCAAGACGGUUACUGGCACAUCCCUUCCGACAAGCUUUUACGAAGCCGAAUUGGAUUAUUUUGGGAGCCACAUGUUCGAUAAGAAGGGCGAGAAGGGGACUGAGCAGGCAAAGAAGGGCGAGCACCACUAUGAGUGGAAGCCCGCGCAAAGUCAGAAAGAGGUGUACGGUAAAGCGUCGGACAUUUAA